AUGUCUUCGAUGAUAGCUGUCAAACGACCGCCACCAGAGCGCUUUAUGCACCAGAGCGACCCAUGCGCAUCCAUUAAUUCCGCAGCCACAGGAGCCAGCAGCCGCCUUGUCAAAUCCGUGUCAAUGAAGAUGAGCCCAAUUGAGAUGUUUACGAAGGAUGAUCUAGAAAAACGGCUAGAAGACGCGCUGCAGAAGCGAGACGAUGAGUGGAUGAAGCACGAAAAGGACCAAAUUUCAUUCCUGCAGUCGGAAGGGUCCGAAAUGCUAAAGGCACUACAUGGAGAAUUGCAUCGGCUGACAACUAUGCUAAGGGAUGCCAGAAGAAAGCUCGACGUUGGGGUCGAAGAUGCUGAGGAAGCAGAACUUUUGCAUGUUCAAAUCAAGGAAAAAGAGGAACGAAUUGCCAUUCUCGAGGCUCAACUCGAGGCCAAGGAGGCUAGUUUAAAAGAUAUCGAACGAAAGGUGAACGCGACGAUUGAGAAAAUGGGAGAAACUAUUAAAAUACAGAGUGACCGGAUCCGACAGCUUUCCGGGGAGCUACAAGAUCGAACGUUGACGGUGACACAGUUGAGUGGACAGCUACGACAAUAUCGACUACGAGAAGCAAUGGCAACAGCUCAACAAAGACGUCGUGCAAGCGCUCAAAAUUCGGGAGGCAGCUCUCCGUUGAUCUCGCCCAGCAGCCCUCAUCGCAUUUUCCCGCCGCAACGAUCCAUGCAAAUGUGCUUCGUUGAUGAUGACCUUGCCUCGGCUUCUGUGUCCGUGACGUAUCCCGGUAAUGCGGCAAAGCAGAGGCAAAAUGCGAUGGAUACUCCCCUAGCUGACAACUCAUCAAGCAACCUCGAAAAACCCAAAACACCAAUCCGCCGAAAAUCCACCUCAUCAAGCGCCUCAAACAUCUACAAAAAU